CCCCUUUGGUCAGAUUAACAAAAUGUUUGGGACCGUGGUGGUUGGAGUUGGAAUUGCUGGCCUAGCACGGAUCCGAGAUUUGAUGAAUCCGAUGCCUUCCAGCCCUUCUGAGCACCUGAAACUCUUUGGAUUUGUAUCCAGGAGAAGUUUUGGCAGUAUUAAUGAGGCCAAGCAGAUUAGCCUGGAAGAUGCUCUAAGAAGCAAAGAGAUCCAUGCAGCCUUCAUCAGCACAGAGAACAAAACCCAUGAAGAAACCAUCAGAAUGUUUUUAGAAGCUGGGAAACAUGUCCUCGUUGAGUACCCCAUGGCUUUGUCUGCUAAGGCGGCCCAUGAGCUCUGGGAGAUGGCUGAGCAGAAAGAUAAAGUCCUCCAUGUGGAGCACAUUGAACUUCUGACUGAAGAGUACAAGCAGCUGAAAAAAGAGGUGGCUGGAAAAGACCUGGUGAAGGGAACGUUGCAUUUCACAGGUAGCGUCCUUGAUGAAAACAAAACUGGAUUCCCAGCUUUCAGUGGAAUUGCUCGACUGACUUGGCUGAUUGACCUCUUUGGAGACCUCACUGUUACCUCUGCCACCAGAGAAAUGCAGAAGGAUAAGAAUUAUUCCAGAAUGACUGUUCAUUUUCAGACGGCAAACCAGAAACCUCUGACUUGGAUUGAAGAAAGGGGACCGGGGAUGAGACGUGAAAAGAAAAUCAACUUCUGUUUCACAAGUGGUUGCCUGGAGAACUUCCCUCAAGCCCCGAGGUCUGCUGUGGGCCUUUUCAUGCAGGAUCAGAACCUCUUUGCCAAAAAACUGCUGGGCCAGGUGUCCAAGGAGGAGCUGGCUGCUGAGAAAUGGCGGAUUUUGCGGUGUCUUGACCUUGCUGAGGUCAUCCAACAACACUGUGAACAGCCAGAGAAAAUCUGUUCCUGAGACUGCUCUUAGGGAAGAAGAAACACAGCAGACGGGAAAGCUGUAGGGCUAGAGCUCACUGUUGCCAUCAAGCAGUUGCUAUUUCUGUUUCUUUGCCUUCUUUUUGACUAGUUAUGACUCCUAGGCUCUCUGGGUGGGCUGGAGAGCCUGGGCUAUACCCUGUGCCUUCUGGCGUGUGCCAGAACAAAGCAACAUUACCCCGCUCUGAUGCGUUGCUGUCCUUCCAGGCAGAUAGGAACCUAGCAGCAACAAGCUUUCCUGUGGUUGCUUCCACCCAGUUCAGUUGGAAACGUCCCUGAGAAGCAGAUCCUGGAGGACCGCAA